AUGAAGUGGAAGGACAAACGCGAUGUACUUAUGUUGUCAACAAAAUACAAAGACAAUUUAAUAGAAACAACUAACAAACGUGGUCAAAAAUUAUUCAAACCAAAAAUGAUAAUGGAUUAUAAUAAGGCAAAAGGUUUUGUCGAUAUUUCUGAUUUGAGAAGUUCUUACCAUUCACCACUUCGUCGAUCUUUAAAAUGGUAUCGAAAAGUAGCAUUCGAAAUUCUACUAAAUACAAGUUUAUUAAAUGCAUUGACAUUGUUUAAUACUGUGACUGGUAAUAAAAUGGGUGUGGUAGAAUUUAGAGAAAAUAUAAUUCAAGUUUUACUAAUGAAAGCCAAUAUACCAAUGAUACCCAAAUCAACUGGAGGAGAAAUUCAUAAAAUUGUUAAUUCUAAACGUGGUAGAUGUUCAAAUUGUUAUUUCGAAAUGGUACAACAAGGGGGAAGGGAACACGCACAAAAAGUUACACGCAAAGUGUCAACGAAGUGUCCAGGCUGUUCUAAAUAUCUCUGUUUGGAAUGUUUUUUCAAAUUGCAUUCAACAAAAAAAAUAUAA